AGAGGAGAAAGAAAGACACAGAGACAGAGGGAAUAGAAAGUGGAGCCCAACAAAACUAGAAGAUAUAUGAGUAGAAUACAGCACCGAGCGAGAUGAUAAGCACUUUAGGAAUGGCCUCGCACGUGUCCAGGAUCUUUAAACGUGCGAAAUAAUUGUUCAUUUGGAUUAUUAUUAUUAUUAUUAUUAUUAGUCAUUGGAGAACAUUUUGAACUUGUACAGCCAUUGUGUGUGUGUGUGUGCGCGCCCUAACCGUGCGCUUGGCGCUUGUGGAAGGCGGUGUUGAGGUUCACUCCACUCUCGGCUGGAUUUGCCGUGGGAGAGAUGAGCGAGAGGAGGCGAUCGGCCGCCGCGCUGAGCUCCAGAGCGCACGCCUUCUCGGUGGAGGCCCUCAUCGGGUCCAACAAAAAGCGGAAGCUCCGAGGCUGGGAGGAGAAAGCGCUCGAGCUCUCUAUGGAAAACCUCGCAAGCAACGGACAGCUGGGAGACGGAGAAGACACCGGUCAGUGCCUGGAUAUCGACCCGGAUUGCGAGGCCAGUCCAGGCUCGGACGGAGAGGUGCUGGCGGAGAGAUCUUCGUGCUCGCUCGGGAGCCCCGCGGAUCUGAACCCCGCCGCCUCCAUGGAUGAGAUCCAGGUGGAGCUGCAGUGCGCGGACCUGUGGAAGCGCUUCCACGACAUCGGCACAGAAAUGAUCAUCACCAAGGCGGGAAGGAGAAUGUUUCCCGCCAUGAGAGUUAAAAUUGUGGGACUGGAUCCACAUCAGCAGUAUUAUAUAGCCAUGGACAUAGUACCUGUGGACAACAAGAGAUACAGGUAUGUUUAUCACAGUUCAAAGUGGAUGGUGGCUGGAAAUGCAGACUCUCCUGUACCCCCACGUGUAUAUAUCCAUCCCGAUUCACUGGCCUCUGGGGACACAUGGAUGAGACAGGUGGUCAGCUUUGACAAACUGAAACUCACCAACAAUGAGCUGGAUGACCAAGGACAUAUCAUCCUACACUCCAUGCACAAGUAUCAACCACGUGUUCAUGUGAUCCGGAAAGACUUCAGCAGUGAGCUCUCUCCUACUAAGCCAGUGCCCACUGGGGAGGGAGUGAAGACUUUCAGCUUCCCUGAAACUGUUUUCACCACAGUCACAGCGUAUCAAAACCAACAGAUCACCCGACUCAAGAUUGACCGCAACCCGUUUGCUAAAGGUUUCCGGGACUCGGGGAGAAACAGGACAGGUCUGGAGGCGAUCAUGGAAACAUAUGCCUUUUGGAGACCACCUGUGAGGACUCUUACAUUUGAGGAUUUCACUAACAUGCAGAAACAGCAAGGAGGGAGCACUGGCACAUCUCCUACUACCUCGAGCACUGGUACACCAUCUCCUUCAAGUGCGACUCACCUUCUCUCUCCCUCCUGCUCUCCACCCACCUUCCAUCUUGCACCUAACACCUUCAAUGUGGGCUGCAGGGAAAGCCAGCUGUGUAACCUGGGGCUGUCUGAGUAUCCUGCUUGUGCCCGAAGCAAUAUGCCAACCUUGCAGGGUUAUGGAGGAUUGGCCGACGGAUCCUACGGCCGUCUCCAGUCAGCAGGUGGCAGCAUGGCCUCCGCCCAGCCUUCAGACUCUUUCCUGCCCCAGAGGACUUCCUCUUUAAUUGCAGCAGGAAUGCAGGGCAGCACUCACACCUCAUUGCCCACCAGUAGUAAUGGCGGUGGCAACAGCGGUGGCAAAAUGGAUGGUUAUGGAAGUCAGCUGUCAUCUUUCCCCACCUCCCAGCUCCAGUAUGUGAUGCAGGCAGGGGCAGGUACCGCGUCUGGCUCGUCCUCUUCUCCAGGGACCUCCCCUUCCUCGGCACACAUGUUUACCGGGAGUCAUCACCACAUGCAGCAGGGCUCAUAUAAUGCCUUUUCCUUGCACAAUCCCUACAACCUCUAUGGAUACAACUUCCCAGCUUCCCCACGCUUGGCCACCAACUCUGAGAAAUCUCAGGCCAGCCUGCUGUGUUCAUCCUCUUCUGCUGGGGCCUUUGCUGAGCGUCAGUACCUAUCCAGUGGCAGCAUGGACAGCAUGCACAUGAUAGGAAAUCCCAGCAGUAGCCAGCAGGUGUCCACAGCCUGUGAUGGUCGCCAGUAUAGCUCCUCCUCUCAAAUGUCUAUGCACAUGGUUUGAAAGAAUGAAAAACAAGGUGAAACUGCCAUCAGAGCAAGAAGUCAUAUCAAACUGUUUCUCAGUCUGUUUUCCUGCCAUCAUUGAAUUUUAGCAUUUUUUUUUUAAAUCAGAUCUUUGGUGUGUACUUCAUAUGUUGCUGAUGGACAAAGGUACAGAGCAAAUCUUGAAUCCUUUUAAAAAGGAGCUAAUCAUCUCAUGUACAGACUUUGAAUCACUAAUCAGACGUACAUGGACAACAUAAAUGUGUUAUUUAUGUCAUUUUUCUUGAUGUUACAUGCCAAAAAUAGGCAAAUACAUAUAAGAUCAUAUGAACCUGCCUUCUUUACUUUCCAACCUCAGUCCAAUGCAGUUUUGAAGCAAAUGAAGGUGCUCUUGAAGGUUUCUAGUGAGAUUUGGUGCAAUAAUGAACUCAUUUAAAUAAUUUCUUGUCACAUACAUCCUUUAUCUAAAUAAUGGACACUCAGAGCUGACCUAGGUGUUGUUUUUGUUAAACAAUAAAAGCACAUCACACAUCAAUCUGCUUCACAACAACGUCAUUUCAGAGAAAUGGAAACAUUACGCAGUGGUCUUUUUUCUUUCUUUUUCUUUUUUUUUAGUGAAAACUGUUCACCUGAAAAAGUGAGAAAGGUUCACCUGAAGGACACUGAUGGGCAGGAACUGGAUUUGGAGAACUGUUACUUUUGGUAAAUUUGUCCUUGCCGAUUUUCUUAGAACUUUAAUUUAGAAUUUAACCAAAUUUGGAGUGUAUCACCUUUUUAGACACUAAGCUUUAAUGUUGAUGUGUGGAAAACAUAGACUACCAGAGUAAUAAAUGUAUGUUUUGGAGUGCUGUAGAAGUGUAAAUUAUUUAAGUGCUAUAUGACAAAAAACAAAUGUGCAGUAAAUAUAGGUGCCAAGCACAAAACCUCAGCAAUGCAAUUCAGUUCCUACAAUACAGUAUACACUAUUUGGCAGCCUGUGUAAGAAUGAGUAAGAUUUAUUCUUUGAACUGAUUGUGAAAUAAGUGUAUAAACAUGGUAAAGCAAGUACAAUCCUUUGCUUCCCAAAUAGGUAGGAAAUGUAAAUAGUGGGUCACAAGCUUGUUACCAAAAUCAAUUUUUUGUCAACAUUUUCUGAAAUAUAGAACAUAUUUGUCAGGACGCGAAAGACACAAACCAAAGCCCAUGUCUUGACAUUUUAAAAAUGCUGUACAAGCUACUUUUACAACAACUGUUGAAAGAUCAAACUUUUUUCAAGCAUGAAAGUGAGAAGACAGGCCAGUACACUUCUCAUACAGUAUGACUGAGCGCUUGGUUUUCUGGACUGGACAGUGAAUGUAAAUCUGUGUCUCCUUUAAACACAUGUCCCUGUUGUUGCCAUGUGCACGAGACAGAGUAAGUUCAUGAAGAGCUGAAAAUGAAUAUUAUAAAUAAAGAAAGAAUAAAGGAUUAAUGCUGCUGUUUGUUUGAUAAAAAUCUCAUGUACAUGAUGCAUUAACCCUUGCUGUUUGUGAUGCAUGUUGAUAUAUACUACCACUCCAGGAGAAAGGCAGAGAGUGACUUACUGGUUUGGUUAGAUGUGGAUCUUUUUUUUUUUUACAUUUCACAAUUUAUCAUGUCUGUUUUUAAUACAGUAAUAAUACAUA